AUUCCUAUUUUUUUGCUUUUUUGUCCUUCAUUUUUUUUUUGUUCUUUUAUAUUGUCACCUUUUUCAUUUUCUUUGACUCUCAUAGUCUCAUAAGUUACUACAAUAUACUCUCAUUUUCUCUCUCACCCAUUUCCAUUGUUGUAGAACAAGCAAAAACAUUAUUCAUCAAAAAAAUAAGAAAAAAAAAAGAAUUUUUUUUGUUGCGUAAAUUUUGAAAGUAAAGAAAGAAAAUAAGUUAUGGAAGCUAUGAAAGCAGAGGAAAUAAGUCACCCAGCAAUGGAUCAACUUCAGGGAUUAGAGUAUUGUAUUGAUUCAAAUCCUUCAUGGGGGGAGGCAGUUGCUUUGGGUUUCCAGCAUUACAUCUUGUCUUUAGGAACUGCUGUCAUGAUUCCUACAUUCCUUGUUCCUUUGAUGGGAGGUUCUGAUGGUGACAAAGCAAGAGUAGUGCAAACAUUGCUUUUUGUCCAAGGAAUUAAUACUCUACUACAAACUCUAUUUGGAACACGGCUACCAACAGUGAUUGGAGCCUCGUACGCUUAUAUGGUCCCCAUCAUCUCCAUCAUCCAUGACUCAUCUUUUACAAGAAUUGAAGAUCCACAUAUGAGGUUUAAUAGCACAAUGAGGGCAGUUCAAGGAGCUCUAAUUGUGGCAUCAAGUCUGCAGAUAAUUCUUGGAUACAGCCAAUUAUGGGCAAUUUGUUCAAGGUUUUUCAGCCCAAUGGGAAUGGUUCCAGUGAUAUCACUGGUGGGUUUUGGCCUGCUUGAUAGGGGAUUCCCUGUGGUGGGACGAUGUGUUGAAAUUGGCAUUCCUAUGCUCAUUUUGUUUGUUGUCUUCUCUCAGUAUCUGAAACACUUUCAGAUAAGACAACUGCCAAUGCUGGAGCGCUUUGCUCUCCUUCUAUCGGUUACAGUUAUAUGGGCUUAUGCACAUCUCUUGACGGCUAGUGGUGCCUACAAACAUCGACCUGAGAAAACUCAGAUGAACUGCCGAACUGACAAAGCUAACCUCAUCUCCACUGCACCAUGGAUAAAGAUCCCAUACCCCUUACAAUGGGGUGCACCUUCUUUUGAUGCUGGACAUGCAUUUGGAAUGAUGGCUGCCGUACUAGUCUCACUCAUUGAGUCCACUGGAGCUUUUAAAGCAGCAGCUCGUCUAGCAAGCGCCACUCCACCACCGGCUCAUGUUCUGAGUCGCGGUAUAGGCUGGCAGGGUAUUGGGAUCUUACUCAGUGGACUCUUUGGAACAUUGAGUGGCUCAUCUGUCUCUAUAGAAAAUAUAGGCCUGCUUGGAAGCACUCGUGUGGGAAGCCGCAGAGUUAUCCAAAUUUCUGCAGGUUUUAUGAUUUUUUUCUCAAUGUUAGGAAAAUUCGGGGCUCUAUUUGCUUCAAUACCGUUUACUAUAUUUGCUGCAAUGUACUGUGUUUUCUUUGGCCUUGUUGGUUCGGUGGGGCUAUCAUUCUUGCAGUUCACUAAUAUGAACUCAAUGAGGAAUCUUUUCAUCAUAGGAGUUUCCAUGUUUCUUGGUCUGUCUAUUCCGAAUUACUUCAGAGAAUACUCUGCCAGUGCUUUACAUGGACCUUCUCACACCAGGGCUGGAUGGUUCAAUGAUUUCCUCAAUACCAUCUUCUCCUCUUCACCGGCAGUGGCACUGAUGGUCGCAGUUCUCCUUGACAACACCCUUGACUACAAGGACAGUGCUAAAGACAGAGGAAUGCCGUGGUGGGUCAAAUUCCGGACAUUCAAAGGAGAUAGCAGAAAUGAGGAGUUCUACACUCUUCCAUUCAAUCUCAACCGUUUUUUUCCUCCAUCCUGAGCGCGCGGUUGUGCUCUAAAGAGGGGGAAAAGUAGUAGAUUUAAACCCCCUUGACAUCAACCUCAACACCAUCAUAACUUUUUGAGAGUAGGAAAAACCCGUUGUGAUUAUCACACAAUCCAGGUGAUGAUGAUGAGGGGGAAGGAUGAAGAAAUGUCGUUAUCAUCGAGUAAAUCAAGUUUUGCUCUUAGGCCUUCCAAUUGAUUUAUGUAUAUCUCAACUCGGUAUUUCGGGUUCAAUCUAAUAAUAGAAAUUAUUUAUUUGUUCUUUUUUAA